AUGAUGCUGCCUCAGGUCGUACUGCUGGCAGCAGCAGUACCGGCUGUAUUUGCACAGUUGCAGCCGUUUGCCAAUAAUACUCAAGAGAAUCUCGAUUUCGCUCAGAGCCCGCCCAAGUACCCAUCGCCAUGGGGUGAGGGUCUAUCGGACUGGAAGGACGCAUACGAGAAGGCAGCCGCAUUCGUCUCGCAGUUGUCAUUGCUCGAGAAGGUCAACCUCACGACUGGAGUCGGAUGGGAAGGAGAAAAGUGCGUCGGCAACACUGGAUCGAUCCCUAGACUCGGCUUCAAAUCGCUCUGUCUUCAGGACUCUCCCCUCGGCGUGCGAUUCGCAGACUUUGUCAGCGCUUUUCCUUCCGGUCAAACCAUCGCAGCCACAUGGAGCCGCGACCUGUACUACCGGCGUGGCUAUGCCAUGGCAAGCGAGCACAAAGGCAAGGGAGUUGAUGUGCAGCUGGGCCCAGCCAUCGGUCCUCUGGGCAGAAACGCAGCGGGAGGUCGUAUCUGGGAAGGCUUCUCGCCAGAUCCGUCCUUGUCCGGAAUCGCCGUCUAUGAGACGGUCAAAGGUAUCCAAGAUGCCGGCGUGAUUGCGUGCACGAAGCACUAUAUUGCCAACGAGCAGGAGCACUUUCGCCAAGGAGGUACACCCGCGAAUCUGACUGCGUCCCUCAGCUCCAACAUCGACGACGUGACGAUGCAUGAGUUGUACCUGUGGCCCUUUGCGGAGGCUGUCCGUGCCGGAACGGGAUCGAUCAUGUGCUCGUACAAUCAAGUCAACAACUCCUAUGCCUGCCAGAACAGCUACCUCAACAAUUAUCUCCUCAAAGGAGAACUCGGCUUCCAGGGCUUCAUCGUCUCGGACUGGGGCGCUCAGCAUGCGGGUGUGAGCAGUGCCCUGGCCGGCUUAGAUAUGACCAUGCCGGGCGAUGUGGCAUUCGACAGUGCAACCAGUUAUUGGGGUCCCAACUUGACCAUCGCGAUCCUCAAUGGCACUGUCCCACAAUGGAGACUGGACGAUGCCGCGAUUCGAAUCGUCGCUGCGUGGUAUUACGUGGAUCGCCCGGGAAACCAGGUGGAGGAUGCUCCCAACUUCUCGUCGUGGACUGCAGACACCUAUGGCUUCAAGCAUGCGUAUGCGCAGCAAGAUUACACGCACGUCAAUGAUCAUGUUGAUGUUCGAGGGGAGCACGCCGCAGACAUUCGCGAGUUCGCAGCGAAAGCCACAGUACUGCUGAAGAACAAGGGCGCCUUGCCACUCACGGGCAAGGAAAAGCUGACUGCUGUCUUUGGCUCCGAUGCAGGCGAGAAUCAAUAUGGACCCAAUGGCUGUGCCGAUCGAGGCUGUGACAACGGAACCCUUGCGAUGGCAUGGGGCUCAGGCACUGCCGAAUUCCCCUACCUGGUAACGCCUCUGGAGGCCAUCAAGGCGGAAGUGCGUAGCUGCGGAGGCUCUAUUGAAAGUGUCAUCGAUGAUUACGCUUACAAGCAAAUCGACGCCUUGUCUCGAAGAGUGUCGGACGUCAGCGGCGUCUGCCUGGUAUUCGCGAAUGCAGACGCUGGAGAAGGCUAUAUCACCGUCGACGGCAAUGAAGGUGACAGGAACAACCUCACUCUGUGGCACAACGGUGACGACCUCAUCCGGAAUGUCACGAGCUACUGCAACAAUACUGUUGUCGUGCUUCACACCGUGGGAGAGGUCACUGUGACUCCCUGGUACGACCACGAAAAUGUCACUGCCAUCAUAUGGGCGGGUCUUCCUGGGCAAGAAAGUGGCAACGCCAUUACUGAUGUCCUCUACGGAAAGGUGAAUCCCGGCGGUAAGACUCCUUUUAGCUGGGCGAGACAACCGGAAGAUUACGGCACCGAGGUCCUCUUCGACCUCAACAAUGGUGUCAAUGGACCCCAGGAUUCAUUUGAAGAGGGCAUCUUCAUCGACUACCGGGCUCUCGACAAGUACAACCGGACGCCCAUUUUCGAAUUCGGCUACGGACUCUCCUACACCACCUUCACUUUCUCCAAUCUGAACAUCCAAAAGCAUCAAGUCGCGGCGUACAGUCCGACGACGGGCAAUUCUCCCGCAGCGCCCACCUAUGGCUCCAUGUCGACCAAUCCAGACGACUACGUUCGCCCCGCCAAUCUUUCGGGCGUUUACGCCUACAUCUACCCCUACAUCAACUCGACCGACCUCGCCUCCUCCAGCGGCGAUCCCGACUUUGGCGUCAACUACACCUGGCCUGCAGGCUCAUACGACUCCGCCCCCCAGCCCUACCUCCCCGCAGGUGGCGCUCCUGGCGGCAACCCCCAACUCUGGGACGUACUCUUCACCGUGACCGCCACCGUCACCAACACCGGCUCCGUCGCCGGAGACGAGGUCGCGCAGCUGUACGUGUCUCUCGGCGGUCCCAACGAUGCCAAAGUGCAAUUGCGAAAUUUUGACCGUCUGUCAAUUUCGCCGGGACAGUCGGCCACGUUCACCGCGGAUAUCACGAGAAAGGAUUUGAGUAAUUGGGAUUCUGGGGCGCAGAAUUGGGUCAUUUCGAAUUAUACCAAGAUGGUAUAUGUUGGUAAUUCCAGUCGGAAAUUGCCACUGAGUGGUGUAUUGAGCUUGUAGGAUUGUUUUUAGGGUAAUAAGUAGUAGUACUACUACUGGUUGCUGGUUCCGGAAUAGUGACACAGCUCGUUGGGGACUGACUUUCCUCUAGUCGUGAGGAGACUGACGGACUGUUAUCAGUAUAUCUUAACUGCAAUUGU